AGCAUGGCAAGCCAUUUCUGCCAUCAUUUCAACUCCAGGAAGGUCCGUGGGAGAUGAGGAAAUUCCACGAAUGGUACAUGAGGGCAUGUCGCGCGGGCCUCUCCAUAAUCACUGCUUCUGUCCCCGCUAAUGUUUAUCUAAGCGGAGACAACUACCUCAUGUUGGAUUUCAAGGACAUGCACGCUGUGUUCCGCCUCGACAAACUUGACAUCAAUCUCAUAAGCGUCUGGUGCCUGAUGCAAUUUAACGAUGCAGAUAAGUUAAAGAGGCCUGUCGGAUUCCUUGAUCCGCAACGAAUUUUCCAGCCAAACAUGAUCGUGAACAUAAGGACUGAUGACCCUAGGAUUAAGGGGAAGAGUAAAAAGGAUAAAGCACGGGUCAUAAAAGAAGCAACCAAAACAAAAAGGCUCGAAAUGUCAACCUACGUAGGAAGGGCUAUGCUUGAAAUGCAGGACAAGGACUGCAUCUUCGCUCCCUACAACUUUAAGUAAGUGUGAUACGUUAUGAAUCUAACAUAAGUGUUCAACUUAGUUGAUCGAUCAAGAAUCUAACAGAAGUAUUC